AUGUCGCCUCCUAAGCAGCCUUAUACUUUGUUUAAAUUAUGUGUUAAAAGUUGCAUUGGUCUUAUUAAUUCAGCUUGUUAUGUUAUUGAAAAGAGUUAUCCGGAAAGUAAGUUUAACGAGUGUGAGAAAGAGGCAUUCGAAUUGAAAUGCCAUUUGAUGUCUAUGCUGCCCGCCAGGUUAUUCGAUGUCCUCUGUUCAGAAAGAACAUGCUGCCAGUACCGCGGCGACCCUCGUGUUCAGCUCCACGUACUGACUCAUCCCAACAUGACAGUCUUCCGCAAAUGCGACCUCGAUAACAGCAUACCGCAACGGUUCUGGAUUAAUACGCUUGCAAACUUCGGGCGCCUAGUUGUUCUCGACUUAAAAUUUAUUUGUACUGACGAAAUUCUCCAAGUCGUUGGCGUUAGUUGCCCCUUACUCGAAGAAAUCAAUAUUGUCUCGCGAGUAGACAUCUGUAAAUCACUAUUUAAUGCGUCAGUUUUAAUAAGAAAUGUUUCCGAUGCUGGUCUUUGCUCAAUUACAAAUUUGAAACAUUUAAGAAUAUUGGCAAUGGACCCGCCGCGGAAUGAGCGGGCCUCUCGUAUUGGUCGUUGCGUUUCACAAGCUGGGAUUAUUAUGUUAAUCGUGAAACUUCCAUACUUAGAAGAGUUGAGGAUCGAAUCCUGCGAUAUUGGCUCCACGUUAAUAGGUACAACGAUGGAAAUAGGUCCGUUGAGUCUCAGAAAAAUAAAUUGUCAUUUCGCUUCAGCUGAUGGUAUUAAAAAGCUCAUAAAAAUAUGUCCUUAUCUUCGAGAGUUGUCAGUUACACAUUUAUCUGAACAUAACAAAGAUGCUAUUCUGGAACAAAUAUCUGUAAGUGAACUAAGGUUGAAUAAACUCGAUUUGUCAUUCUUUUCCUAUUCGGAUUCGAUGCAGCAAUUGUUGACAGUCAAAGGUUGUUAUCUCACACACUUCACCCUGUGGGAGAUUGACCAUUCUUUGACCUUAGACGCAGUUCUAUCCCUCGGAAGGUGUUGCCCUAACUUAUCAUCUCUUUGUAUUAUGACUCAAUCGAAGUGUUUAGUCAUACCGAGGUAUUUUCGGCGACCGAAGAAAAUUUUCUCAGAACUCCGAAAUCUGACUCUUGGUAACGAAAACUUUAGUAUAGAUGAUUUAUUGUCAUUUUUCUUAGAGUGUACGGAUAAUUUACAAAAGUUAGUAUUGAAAUAUCAAACAAAAUCUAAUAUAGAUGACACGUUACUGCAUUUACUAAAAAAGGGACAUUUAAAAAAUAUUAGAACUUUAUGGUUGGACUGCACGUUAGAGGUUUCAAGAAAUGUAAUAAAACAGAUAAUACAAUUGUGUGAACAAUUACAAAUGUUUACAGUGGACUUUGCAGAAGACAUGAGUGAAGUACACAGGUAUAUAUCUGAAAAUAACUUGGAUUUAAAGUUAGGUGGCUAUUAG